GUAUAUUGGAAAUUCAUUUUCUCUCAAGCAGAUAUACAUUUACAUUUUGUGAUUAAGAAAUUGAAUCAACAGCUGACAUUCUUUAAUAGAAAAGAAACCCUUAGAUGGGUAGCUAUUUCAAAUAUGGAAAAGAAGAUGAUGUAUAUGUUCGUUCUGUCAGUCAUCGUAACAUUAACAUGUGUGGAACCAGCAUUUUCUUGCACAUACAGUAGAAAUAGAAAACAUCAACUGGUUGCUCAUUGUGAAAAUCAAGGAUUGACAUCUGUUCCAAGGAAUCUAAAUCGAGAUAUACAGGAGUUAAUACUUUCAAAUAACUUGAUAAGCAUACUCAAAAACAAUUCAUUUAUUAAUUAUACCCGUUUAGAAAUCCUGAGAUUAACCAAAAAUAAAAUAUCUGAUAUUCAUGAGGAUGCUUUUGCAGGACUUAAUUCGCUGAAAGUUUUGAAGGUAAAUGAUAAUUUGAUAAGCAUCACAAUUCUCCCACAGGAUGUUUUCAUACAUCUUAAUGCUUUGAUUGUUCUGGAUAUAAGUCGAAAUAAAAAGCAUUUGAAUGAAGACAGUCAGUUCAUUUAUCCCGAUGCCACAUUUUCUAGAUUGGAACGUUUGCAGAAUCUCUCGAUAGAUCUCUUCAUGUUUCCUGUAUUUGGAAGUGGAUUUAUAAAACUUCAAAACCUCAACGUAUUGAACUUUGAUAAAUGUUAUUUGCGAAAUAGUAGUGGAUUUAGGCUAUGGAAUGCAACCUUUGAAAAUUUUUCGUCAAACCUCCAACAACUCUAUAUCAGUGGUUGUCGUCAUUUUUUCCAAAUGGAAUAUGGCUGUAUGGAACAUUUUCCUAACUUAAAAGUUUUAGAUCUGUCAGAAUCAUACGUUCAUUUAUAUCAAGCAUUGCGUAUCCUUCAUCCAUAUCAGAAUAAAAACAUGUCAGUUAUAAACUUUCACCACAUAACUGAUAAUUCAAUUAAUGGAGAUGAUUUUCCGGGCGCUGUUGUUAUAACAGUAGAAUUAAUGAAAUAUCUGAGAACUAUUUGCAUUGAAGCAUUGGACAUCUCGAAAACAGGUAUCGUAGAUUACCAGCAAAAUUCUUUGUUUUCGUUCAAAUAUCCUGAGUGCUUCACAACUUUCAUUAUAUCAGCAAAUAAACUGCCUACUACGACUUCAGAUCACUAUAUUGAAGUUAUAAAGUUUGCAAAAAAUGCUAAGAAUAUGAAGGUUUAUGACUUUUCAUAUUUCAUAAGUAUUGCAGAUAAUCCAAAUCUUGCUUAUUUGAAUGUUUACGACCCGGAGGCCUUCUAUCAAUUUUCAAAAAAGACCCAAAAAAUUGAAGUCCAUCCACAAAUUCAGAUUUCUCUUCCGUCCUCUAUUGAAUUUCUUAGAUUCAGUUACACGAACGAUUUAUUGCACUCAGCUUCUAUAACAUGUGCAAAUACAUCGCUGAAAUAUCUUGAUGUUUCAUUUAGUGUUUUCCUCAAAUUUCCAGAUUUGACAAACGGCUGUGGAAAGCAACUUGAAUAUUUAGACGUUUCUGGAAUUCCAGUAACAGAAGUUACAUUGCCGUCAGUUACCUUACCAAAACUAUAUACAUUCAAAAUGACCAAUGCUCGUUUAGAUCAGGCAGUACUAAAAGGUAAACAAUGGAUUGAAUUUACAGCUCCAGAGAUAAGAAACAUAGACAUAUCUUUUAAUAAUCUCUGGAAUUUGGAGACCUCAACAUUUAUAGGUCAGCCACAUAUAACACAUCUCAAUAUGUCAAACAACCUUUUCAGGACCAUUCCAUCUUUUGUUACCAGACUCAAAAAGUUGGAAUCUUUGGAUCUUUCUAGUAAUUUGAUUACUAAUAUAGAUAGUCAGUUGAUGCUUUGGAUGGAUGAAAUGACACUUUCAAAUCGCAGCCUUCACCUAAAUUUUGAUAACAACGCUUUUAUAUGUUCGUGUGAUACAUUAGACUUUCUUCUAUGGUUUUCACAAACUAAAGUAACAUUCUACAACGGAGACACUUAUAAUUGUACAAUACAUGACAAGCCAGCCGUAUUAAGGGAGGUUAUACAAAAUACAAAUAAAUACUUUUCAGACUGUAAAUCUACUAUGUGGCUUCACGUUGGAAUAGUAUUGGUUGCAAGCACCUUCUGUAUUUUAAUACCUCUUAUUGUCAUUUAUAACUAUAGAUGGAUGAUAAUUCUUUGCAUUUAUAGGAAAGUCAGACGUGCUGUUGAGAAAGGUUUACAUGAAAGCUAUAUGUACGACGCAUAUGUUUCGUAUGAAGACAGAAGUGUGGCGUGGAUUAAGAACUUUCUUCUACCAAAAUUUGAAGGCGAAUGGGGACUUAAAGUAUGCUUACAUGAUCGAGAUAUUCUUCCUGGGGAUCUAACUGCAGAUGCGAAAGCAGAAUCCAUUCAAAAAAGCAGACACUUUGUGUUCGUCAUUACUGAACAGUUUACCGAAGGAAAGUGGGGAAGAUUUGAAAUAGAAAGAGCAGUGUAUGAAAAAUAUACUACAAACCUGAGAAAAAUAAUUGUUAUUUUACAAAACAUUCAAGUUAAGGACAUUCCAGAAGAAAUUGUGAAUAUUUCAAAUGAUGUUUGCUUUAUUGAAUUGCCUUUGGACGAAAACGAAAUUUAUGACAAAAGAUAUAGUCAAAGUACAUGGCUAAAAUUAAAGGCUUUGUUUUAUCUAAAUUAAAAAAAAAAGUUUAUGAAUGCAACAUUAUGUGAUUUGAGGUUUCACUUUCACAUUUCAAAAGUGAAGUUGAAUUAUUCUGAUAGAAAUAAAUCAGUUGAUAAUGCUUUAACAUCAGUUUUCUGUUUAAUUUGUGUUACUAGUAUU